CGCUAACUCUGACUCGCGGAGCUGCUGCUGGACAAAAAGGAGUCGUUAAAGAAAGAGAGAGAAAGAGAGAAAGAGAGAAAGAGAGAGGGAGAGACGGGAUAAUGGCGGAGUGUCGGUGGAGUUAAACAGCAGGAUGAAGUGUUUAUUCUCGGAUCUGCUGCUUUUCUGCUCUUUUACUCUCAGUGUCGGUUCUCCUCUGCUGCUCUUUGCUAAUCGCCGUGAUGUGCGCUUGGUGGACGCUGAGUCAGUGCGCGCAGACUCUGCUGUGUUGGUUGGUGAUCUGGAGGACGCGGCUGCUGUCGACUUCCUGUUCUCAGAGAGUCUGGUGUUCUGGACCGACGUCAGCGAGGAGGCCAUUAAACAGACCUUCUACAACCAGAGCAGCAACGGUGUGUAACACACACACACAAGGUU